CCAAACUCUGUUUCAUCUCACCAUAUUAAUUAUUUCAUUGUUAAUAAUCGGAGGACAUUCCCACAUUUGCAGCGACAGAAUGGCGACAGUUCAAGGUGGAGUCCACGAUUCUCCUCAAGGCACCGCAAAUAACGCCGAGAUCGACGGCAUCGCUCGUUUCGCCGUCGAUGAGCACAACAAGAAAGAGAACGCGAUGGUGGAAUUUGGGAGAGUGUUGAAAGCGAAAGAGCAAGUUGUGGCUGGGACUUUGCAUCAUCUCACUAUUGAAGCUAUUGAGGCUGGGAAGAAGAAGAUUUAUGAAGCUAAAGUAUGGGUCAAGCCAUGGCUUAAUUUUAAAGAACUGCAAGAAUUCAAACACGCCACUGAUGUUGCUGAUACCACUGCUAGUCAUCCCUCUUUCACCUCGUCUGAUCUCGGUGUCAAGAGAGAGGGGCAUGGUGCUGAAUGGAAAGAAGUGGCAGCACAUGAUCCAGUCGUGCAAGAUGCAGCGACUCAUGCUGUCAACACUAUUCAACAGAGGUCUAAUUCUUUGUUCCCAUAUCAACUUCAAGAGAUUGUUCAUGCCAAGGCUCAGGUGGUGGAUGAUUUUGCAAAAUUUGACAUGAUUCUCAAAGUGAAGAGGGGAACAAGUGAAGAGAAGUUCAAGGUUGAGGUGCACAAAAACAAUGAAGGCACCUUCCUUCUCAACCAGAUGGAGCCACAUACCUAACUGCUCAAUUUACUCACAACGUUAAUGGAUUUGUAUGUCCUUUCACUUGCUUCAACUAUUGUAAUCUAUGAAUGCUUUACUUUUUUAGUGUGUUUUGCCCUUUUAUUAUGGAAAUGAAACCUCGUGUUUUUACAAUAUGAUGAUGGUAUUUGACCA